AUGCCAGCACCUCUUACAUUAACUAGCACUUAGAUAAUUAAUCCUCAAAUACAAUUUUAUGAUAAUCUAACUUAAACAAAUAAUGUAUCUAGUGGGUUGAACUAACAAUAAGGAGAGCAUAAACUAAAAAAUAUCUCUGAAACUUAAAGCUAUCUCAAUUCUGAUAGUGAUAAUGAUGAACAUAGAGAUACUCCUUUUCAUCCUAAAUCAACUAAAUCCAAUCUAACUAAGAACAUUUAGAAACCAAACCUUUUGGUCAAAUCUACUAAUAUCCAGAAGAAUUAUGCAAAAGCUAUAGUGUCCUAUGCAUGCAGAUAAAGAACAAUAAUUUUUGAAACUCUUGGAGAAGAGAAAGGGGAAGAAUUCAUAAAAUUGAUGAAUCGUCUCAAAAAUAAGCUUAGAAAUAUUGCACACAUUACGAAGUAUACUCAUGCAGAAGAAUUUUUAUCAUUAUUCAGAAUUUUAGGAAACAAUUUCAUUAAAAAGGACUCAGUUAGUUAUAUCUAUAACUCUAAGAUAAUGUAGAAGAGUUGUCAUUUGUCCAACAUGACAGUAGUAAGGAAUUCUCUAUUAAAGUAUUGA